AUGCUUGACAAUCUCGCGAGCUCACGGGUAUUUAUAGCGGAGACCAGAGAGGCUGCUACGCCAUAUGUCCACUGUCUAUCCUCCAGCAGUUCCAACCAAGUUAUCCUUCCCCUUCCCUCUUCUUACCAUGACUUCACUUCCUCUUUUAAUCCCUUCCUCUUCUCAUCCCUUCUGCUCUCCACCGAAGCCGCCGGUGGCCGCUGGCAACUUCUCCAUAAUAGCAUCGGCAUUGUAGCCAUGCACAUGCAGUUACUGCACAACGACCGUGUCGUCAUCUUCGACCGCACCGACUUUGGCUUCUCCAAUCUAUCCUUGCCUCUUGGCAAAUGCCGCUACAACCCAAACGAGAAGGCUGUUAAGGUUGACUGCACUGCUCACUCCAUCGAAUACGACGUCGCCUCCAAUACUUUCCGCCCUCUAUUCGUCCAGACUGAUGUCUGGUGCUCCUCUGGUUCCGUCACCCCCGACGGCCGUCUCGUUCAGACCGGCGGCUUCAACGACGGCGAACGUGCUGUCAGGGAGUUCAGUCCUUGCCCCACCUGUGACUGGCAGGAACAAAAUGGCGCACUCGCUGCUCGCAGGUGGUACGCCACUAAUCACAUUCUGCCGGACGGACGCCAGAUUAUCGUCGGCGGCAGAAGGGCAUUUAGCUACGAAUUUUACCCCAAAACACCUGCUGCCAAAAAUGCGUAUAGUUUACCCUUUCUAGUGCAGACCAACGACCCCGGUGCCGAGAACAACUUGUACCCCUUCGUCUUCUUGAACGUGGACGGCAAUUUGUUCAUCUUCGCCAACAAUCGAGCUAUCCUGUUCGAUUACAGGAAGAACAGAGUGGUCAAGACAUUCCCGCAAAUACCGGGAGGAGAUCCGAGAUGUUAUCCGAGCGCCGGAUCGGCAGUCUUGUUACCUUUGAGGAAUUUGCGAAAGGCGUCGAUCGAAGCGGAGGUUUUGAUAUGUGGCGGAGCCCCGAAAGGCUCCUUUAAGCAGGCGAACCAGAGUAGCAAUUUCCUAGGAGCCUUGAAUACCUGCGCUCGGAUAAAAAUAACCGACCCUAACCCGCAGUGGGUCACCGAGAAGAUGCCCGGAGCCAGAGUGAUGAACGACAUGCUCAUUCUCCCAAACGGCAACGUUUUGAUAAUCAAUGGGGCAGCCAUGGGCACGGCUGGAUGGGAAUUGGGGCGGAACCCCGUGUUGAACCCGCUUAUUUACCGAUCGAAUAGCCCCCGGGGGUCUCGGUUCGUGUCCCAGAACCCGUCCAAUAUUCCGCGGGUUUACCACUCAACCGCAGUUUUGCUUCGGGACGGCCGAGUGCUCGUGGGAGGUAGCAAUCCCCACACAUAUUAUAAUUUCACGAAAGUGUUAUUUCCGACGGAGCUGAGGUUAGAGGCGUAUUCUCCAUGGUAUUUGGAGGCAGAGUUUUCCAACGUACGUCCGAAGAUUCUAUCGCCUGCUUCUCAGACCAAGGUCACGUACGGUGGCAAGUUGGUGGUGAGAUUCCAGAGGCUGUUGGUGUUGGACGUUACUAAAGUAUCUAACCUUGGAAAUUUGACAUACGGAGCGGAGGUUGUCACCCCUGCUUCGUCUGUCCUGGCGCCACCCGGUUUCUAUCUGCUGUUUGUGGCUCAUCAAGAAAUUCCCAGCGACGGUAUUUGGCUUCAAAUACUGUGAAGUAUGAACCAAUUAUUUGUAUUAAUAUGGAUACACACAUAUAUAUUAAAUUUAUUUAUCUUCCA